GAGAGAAGGAGAGAGAGAGAGAGAGCGAUGGAGGGGACGCGGCGUCUGGACCCGGAGAUGGAGCACUUCCUGAGCGAAGUGGAUGAAAUCAUGAGUCUGGUUGAGGGAAUGAAUUCGGAUGAUGCUUCAGUGCGCGAGAACGCCACUCAGAAAGCUGACGAGAGAAUCGCUCGAGGACCCGAGCAAGUGGAAGGAUGCAGAACCAUCGUCAACCACACACUCAUUAACUCCAACCCCUCCAGUUCCACCCACCAAACCGUAGGUCUUCAACAGGAAAGCGCGGGCGAGACGAGCCAAGACAGUUUCCUCAGAUCACUUGCGACAGAUGCGGAGGAGAGAGCAAAAAUCAGAAAGAAAAAUAAAAAGCUGGCUGGAGCCCUGAAAGAGAAAGGGAACAUGGCAUUCGGACAAGGUGAUUAUGAGGUUGCUGUUCGUCACUACUCUGAAGGACUGGAUAAGCUGCGAGACUUUGAGGCCCUUUAUACAAACCGAGCACAAGCUUACAUCAAGCUGGAGAAAUAUCAGGAGGCGAUCACUGACUGCGACUGGGCUUUGAAGUGUAAUGAGAACAGCAUAAAGGCGUACGUCCACAUGGGAAAGGCCAACUUAGGGCUAAAGAACUACAAAGAGGCGCGAGAAUGCUACCAGAAGAUAUUGACAAUCGAUCCAAAGCAGGAGAAACUGGUUAAAGAAUACGCGAGUAAACUUGAGCUGGCGGAGAGGAAGGAGCAGCAGGAGAAGGAGGCGCAGGAGGAGUUUGAACGGGGCAACGUGAAUUCCACGACAGUCUGCGAAGUGCUCAAGAAACUAGGACGAGUUCACCGGCCGGCUUUCUUCUAUCUCGGCGGCUUAAACCUCCUGACUGAGCUGAUGACCGACUGCACCGAACAGACGCUAUUCAGAACAAACGGUGGCUUUGGCGUUGUGAACGACAACGAGAUUAUACGAGGGAGCCUCAACAGCCCCAUCAAGCAGCCACACGAGGAGGCGCUGUGUGUUUCUGUCCUCCUGCUGUGGCAAGCAGUCUGUCGGGGAAACGAGGAAAACCAGCGAGUCCUGAUGUCCUCUCCUGGUGUCAGCCAGCUGGUAAUGGAUUUGCUCUCGUGUGAGCAGAGUGGAAUCCUCAGGGAGUGUGUGGAACUGUUGUCCCUUUACUCACAAUCCCAACACGGCAGAAACGCGUUAGUGGGCAAUGUGGAUUUAACCAGGAUGUUGCAGCUCCUGGUGGGGUUUGUGACCGGCAGUGACGCGACAGCCGAUCGAGCCGCGGGAAUCCUCACCGACCUCGCCCAAGAGGAGAAGUAUAAAUCCCAUUUUCAGAAAGAUUGUGUUCUCCGAGUCCUGCCACCUUUUGAAACUUUGCUGAAAAAUGUGAAGAUGGCCAACAAGCGGGUAAUGCCGCAGUGUAUCUCAUUCCUAGGAAGUCUGGUGGCUGACAAGGGCAUUAGGAAACAGCUCGCAGCAAGCGAGGGGUGUUGGGAAGCGUGCUUGGUUGCCGUGGAUGACUCCAUGUCUUCUAUCAGCGUGAAGGAGUACAGCGAGAUCUUAUACACACUCCUAGGCCUGAUGGUCAAUCUGUCCUUAGAGCAGUGCUCUGCGUUACAGGGCAAAGCUGUGGCCAUCACUGAGAGGUGUGUCUCACUGCUGGACAGUACAGAGGGAGGCAUCCUCACUAGAGCCACUGGUCUCCUCAGUCAUGUACUGCCCCAGUCUGACGAAGCUGUGGAGAAGGCUGUGGAAGCCGGGAUAGUGAAGAAAAUGGUCAAGUUUAUGAAGGUGGGAGGGCAGCAGACAACACGCUACGCGAUAAAGACCCUUGCGGCUUGUACCAGGGGAAGCCAGCAGGCCCGAGCCGAAACCGUAAAGUGCGACAAAAAGCUGAGCGCGUUGACAAAGCUUCUGACGUCGGAGGACGAGAUGGUGGUCGGUAACGCCGCCCUAUGCCUGGGACACUGCCUGGGGGAGCCAGGGGCUGCCACGGCUCUGCUGGCCUCGGACAUUGUCAGGAUCCUGCUCACGCUGGCGGGGGGCGAUGCCCGGGAGUCGGCCCUGCAGCAGAACUCAGCCAUCGCUCUGGGAAAACUCUGUACCGCGGAUCCCAGGCACAUGGCUCAACUCCGAGAGUUAAAUGGAUUGGCAAUACUGAGCUCCUGCAUGAAGUACAUCAAGUGAGGCGAGG